ACACUGAACAACAUGUGCAUCCGGUUCGCGUGAUCAUGGCGGCACCUGCUGUUGCUUCUGAGUCUUCCUCCGUAGAAAACAUGCCAGAAACUGCUAAUGGACCCACGGAGAAUUCCGCUGAGGCUCAGAAACGACCGCAGUUCGGCACUCGCUUCCUCACAGACCCGCGACAGGUGUUUCAGCACAACGCGUGGGAUAAUGUGGAGUGGUCAGCAGAACAGGAGGAGGCCGCCCAGAAAAAAGUGCAGGAAAACAGUCAACCUCUCCCAGCAGAAAAACAAGAGGAAUUUGACAGCAGGGCUAAUGAGUACUGGAACGAUUUCUACACCAUUCAUGAGAACCGCUUCUUCAAGGAUCGCCACUGGCUGUUCACAGAGUUCCCUGAGCUGGCGCCUCAACAGAAGGCUCCACAGGACACCACAGCACAUCUGUUAAAUGGUGAAGAUUCUCCCUCUUCACCCACAGACACUACAUUUCCUGGAGCCUCUGCAUCCUAUCGCAUCCUGGAGGUAGGCUGUGGAGUAGGCAAUACAGUCUUUCCCAUCUUAAAAACCAACAAUGACCCAGGCCUCUUUGUUUAUGGUUGUGAUUUCUCCAGCACGGCUGUUGACCUCGUCAAAUCAAAUCCUGAGUAUGACUCGUCACGCUGUCACGCAUUCGUCCAUGAUAUGAGUGACGCGUCUGCAGAGUAUCCAAUGCCAGACCACAGUCUGGACGUCAUUGUCCUCAUAUUUGUUCUCUGCCUGCAUCCAGAGAAGAUGCAGAACUCCAUUAAUCGAUUAGCACGAUUGCUGAAACCUGGAGGAGUGUUGUUAUUAAGAGACUAUGGUCGCUACGACAUGGCACAGCUUCGUUUCAAAAAAGGGAGGUGCUUGUCUGAAAAUUUCUAUGUUAGAGGGGAUGGAACACGCGUCUACUUUUUCACACAAGAUGAGCUGCAUGAUCUGUUCUCCAGUGCCGGCUUGGAGAAGGUGCAGAACUUGGUGGACCGGCGCUUACAGGUGAACAGAGGAAAGCAGCUGACGAUGUACAGAGUCUGGGUACAGUGCAAGUAUCGCAAGGUCCAGGCGCCUCCUUAGGAUCAAGGCUGCUUAUUUGGAGAGCUCGAGAACAUCUGGGCUGAACUAUGAGAGUGUUGCUGUGUUCAGAACGGGUUGCAAUAACUUAGAAGACUGCAGUGCUGACACAUGCCAUGGAGUGAAAUGGAGACUCUAUCUUAUGCAGCCUGCUUGGGAAUGUUGAUGGAGGACAUGAAUUCCCAACUUCCCAUGAUGCACCUGAGGACCUUAAACUAUUUGUUUAUCAUACUGAGUGAUGUUUUUAAGGACUUUUUUUAAUCUUAUGAAUAAACUACAUGAUGGUAUUAAAUCAAA